AUGCAGCCUCAACCCGUUUCCCAGUCGGAUAGCAAUUCCAGUCUGAGGUCACAAUCCGGCUCAUAUCUACCACAAGAUGAAUGGCCUCUCUCCCCUGAUAGCCCAUCGCUGUCGCUUGUAACACCUAAGCCGAACUUUCCUCGUAUGCGUCUCCGCUUUCUUGCCAGACUUACUUCGUCCCAUGGUCUGGCCAAUUCAUUCAACUGCGACAAUAUCUUCACCAGGGCAAAGGCUCAUUCUGGCCUCCUACAAUAUGGUAGCCAGCCCUCCCUCGAAUCAGUAGCCAUUGCUGGAACCCCAGUUGCAUCGCCUUGGGUAACUAUAGGCCAACAGACACAGCCCCAGCACCAGCAAAGGCUGACAGGACAACACUCAUUGGCAAACAUAUGCGAACAGAUUGUCAGAGGUGCCUUUGAAGCAUCAUCUCAAGUAUCUGAUCUAAACUGGUCUAACUCACGAAAAUUGUCUUGUUCAAGAUUCUUUUCCCCAAGAAAUGUUGAGCUGUUCUUGACUUUGUUCUUUCAAGCCUGGCAUCCAAACUGGCCCGUCUUCCAUAGACCUACAUUUGACCCCACUGCAAAGUCUCCCAAGUUGAUAGCGGCUCUGUCACUGAUAGGUGCCUCUUUGAGUCCCGACAGAAAGUACCAUGAUCAAGCAAUGAUGUGGCUCGAGACAGUCGAGAACUGGAUCUUCCAGGACCCGGAUUUCAGCGAAGACAGUAUUGCUCAAACAGACGAUGACAGCCAGGAUUCUCAGGUUCGUCAGCGCCUUGACAUAUUGCAGGCUGCUUAUGGUAUCGUUCUGCUCAUGAAUUGGGAGGGUGACACAAAAACGAGACUCAGAGCACGAAGAACACGGUUUCCUGACAUCGUCUUCGUUUCCCGCACCCUGUAUCCCUUCGCGAUGGUUGGAACAAGCGAGGAAGAAUCCCUUGCUUCACGCAACCUCCAUGACCACUGGACGGCGUUUGGAUUGCGAGAGGAGUUAAUCCGUACCCUCUUAUAUACCUUCCUUCUUGACUCUGCAUUCGUGAUAUUUUACGAUAUGAGUCCCCGAAUGGUAAUCAAUGAACUACAAUUUGGCCUCGCGGCUCAGGAUGAGCACUUUCAUGCUCCAGAUGCCGAGACAUGGUUCAUGUGCACCCAAGCUGCAGCAGAGAGAUCACUGGCGUGCAGCCAGGUCACGUUGGCUCAGUCCAUUACCAUGAUUAUGGGUGAGGACGUUGGUACUAGUGGAUGGGAAGUCUUUGAGACAAUAAGCCCAUUGAAUCUGUUUGCUAUUGCUAGUGCCUUCCACAAUCUUAUAUACCAUCACCAGAACGGACCAGACCCAAGGUCAAGAUCCUUGCCUAUUACACGAGGGCUGAGUAACUGGUUUCGAGUUUGGUCCAGUUGUAACUUAUUCUCAACCUCCGACAACUAUAUCUCCGUGGAAGCAAACAGAUCUCAGAGAAAGCUCGGGUUCUUUCUUCAUGCAGAUGAAUAUUGGUGUCUCGCCAAUCUGUUCUGUAGCCAAUUCGAACGCGGUGUCAAUCCCCACCACUCAUUUGGCGAUACUCAUUCACACCGAUCUCAAGGGGUAUCUGAUAUGGGCAACAUACAUAGCUUGAUCCUUCGCUUCCAGGAUGUAGAUCUUGGAGAGAUUGUUCUGUCAUGA